AUGGCCGAGGCUUGUGGCCGUCUUAAGUACAUCGAGCUGGAAAAUUACAAGUCAUAUAAAGGGAGACAAGUCAUUGGUCCGUUUCGAACAUUUACGGCUAUUAUCGGACCGAAUGGGUCAGGCAAGUCAAACCUGAUGGAUGCCAUCAGUUUUGUUUUGGGGGAAAACACCCGUCAUCUCCGCGUUCGGCGAUUGAACGAUCUAAUACAUGGGUCGGUGGUGGGAAAACCUGUUUCCAAGUCGGCUUCCGUGACAGCCGUUUACGAAAUGCCUGAUGGUGAAGAGAUAAGGUUCAGUCGAGUGAUUCAUGGCAACACUUCAGAAUACAGAAUUAAUGGCGCAGCUGUUAGAGUCGAUGAAUACGCCGCGGCUCUUGAGAAGAUUCAUAUUUUCAUGAAGGUGAAGAAUUUCCUAGUAUUUCAAGGCGCUGUGGAAAGUAUUGCCAUGAAAAACGCACGAGAAAGAUGCCAGAUGUUCGAAGAGAUCAGCAAGUCUGCUGAACUCAAAGAAGAGUACGAUAGCGCCAAAUUAGAAAUGCAUAUGCUGGAAGAAAACACUACACUAAACCUGAACAAAAAGAAAGGCAUCGUCGCGGAGCGUAAAGAGGCCAAGUUUGAAAUCGAUGAGGCUGAACGCUACAGGAAGCUGCAGCAAGACCUGGCGCUGAAGCGCACGGAACUCCAUCUGUUCAAGCUUUACUAUAACGAUUUGGAAAUCAGGCGGGUUCGUGAGGAGCUGAAGCAACGUGAAGAGCUAUUGGCCUCUGAACACGAACAACGACAGUCUAUUGAAGAAGAAAUGAAAGAGAAACGUCGUGAAUUGGGAAAAGUUAAUCGCGACCAGUCAUCAGUGGAGCAAGAGAUUAAAAAAUGUGAACAAAAGAUUGGCAAGCGAAGACCGGAGUUCAUCAAAGUGUCACAGCUUCUGCGACAUGUGACAGAAAAACACAAGGAAUCCAAAAAAUCUCUGGAGAAUGCCAAGCAGUUGCACAGCAGUCAUCUCCAGGAAAUUGCUCAGCUUGAAGCCGAAUCUGAAAAGAUUUCUUCCCUGAAGAGAGAAUAUGAACAACAGCAAACAAAAAAGUCCUUGGAACAGGGUAUUAACCUUGAACUAGAAGAGACACAGCUAAAUGAAUAUCAUCGUUUGAAACAGAAGGUCGCUGAGCGAACUUCUCAUCUCUCCGCGGUUUUGGAUGGGUUGAAUCGUGAAUACAACGAGCAGAAGGAUCUGUAUGAUGCCCUUGAUCGGCGUAAAAAUGAGAUCGAAAGCUCUCUUAAACGCAAAGAAACCGAGCUCAAUGAAAAUAAGAAACGUUUACAGAAGCUGAUGGAGUACAUUGAUCCCUCAACCGUAGCACCCUUUCGGUGCCUAUCUGCCAUGCCACCAGAACUAAAUGAAUAUCAUCGUUUGAAACAGAAGGUCGCUGAGCGAACUUCUCAUCUCUCCGCGGUUUUGGAUGGGUUGAAUCGUGAAUACAACGAGCAGAAGGAUCUGUAUGAUGCCCUUGAUCGGCGUAAAAAUGAGAUCGAAAGCUCUCUUAAACGCAAAGAAACCGAGCUCAAUGAAAAUAAGAAACGUUUACAGAAGCUGAUGGAGUACAUUGAAUCAAGCAAUCGUGCAAUCACUGAGCAACGUGAGACUGAAAAGGCUAUUCGGGAAGAAGUGGAACAGGCAACCAGGCGUAUAGACGAAAUCAAUACGGAGUUAGAAGCUGUUGUUUGCCAGUUAGGCGAAGCCAAAGUCGAGCGACACGAAUCCUCGCGAGCAGCAAAAAAACAAGAGUUAAUUGAAAACCUCAAAAGAUUGUUCCCUGGUGUGCAUGGGCGCUUGCUGGAAAUGUGCCAACCAUCACAUCGACGCUAUCAAGUUGCCAUAACAAAAGUGCUUGGGAAAUAUAUGGACGCAAUUGUGUGCGAUAGCGAGAAAACCGCUAAAGAAUGCAUUCAGUACAUGAAAGAUCAAAGAAUAGAGCCGGAGACGUUCCUUCCUCUUGAUUUUCUCGAUGUGAAGCCAAUUGAUGAACGCCUGCGAGAAAUCAGCGAUCCACCAAAUGUACACUUGGUCAUCGAUGUUAUCCAGUGUGACCCAAUCAUUGUGAAGAAGGCACUAACCUUCGCGUGUGGUAAUGCUUUGGUAUGUGAAACCGUGGAGCAUGCGCGCUACGUGGCUUAUCAGACUGGUGAACGCAAAAAG